AUGAAGGAGUGGAGACGAGGAGAAACUCGGGAUGAUGACAGGCCUCAUAGGAGAGAUGAGGACCGGCUGAGGCGCUUGGGGGAUGAUGAAGAGAGAGAGUCUUCUCUUAGACCAGAUGAUGAUCGCAUCCCCAGGCGUGGCCUAGAUGACGACAGAGGUCCUAGACGUGGUCCUGAUGAAGAUAGAUUUUCUCGUAGAGGAGCAGAUGAUGACCGUCCUUCCUGGCGUAAUGCAGAUGAUGACAGGCCUCCGAGGCGAAUUGGUGAUGAUGACAGGGGAAGCUGGCGCCACACAGAUGACGACAGACCGCCCAGACGGGGACUAGAUGACGACAGACCACCCAGACGGGGACUAGAUGAUGACAGAGGAAGCUGGCGCACAGCAGAUGAGGACAGAGGACCUAGACGUGGGCUGGAUGAGGACCGGGGGCCAAGACGAGGUGCUGAUGAUGAACGAUCAUCCUGGCGUAAUGCUGAUGAUGACAGGGGUCCCAGGAGGGGCAUGGAUGAUGACCGGGGUCCCAGGCGAGGGUUGGAUGAUGACCGAGGACCUUGGAGGAAUGCUGAUGAUGAUAGGAUUUCCAGGCGAGGUGCAGAUGAAGACCGGGGCCCUUGGAGAAAUAUGGAUGAUGAUCGGAUUUCCAGACGGGGUGAUGAUGCAAGACCUGGUCCCUGGAGACCAUUUGUCAAGCCAGGUGGAUGGAGAGAGAAAGAAAAGGCUAGAGAAGAAAGUUGGGGUCCACCUCGAGAAUCAAGACCAUCAGAAGAACGUGAAUGGGAUAGAGACAAAGAGAAGGAUAGAGAGAGCCAAGAUCGAGAGGAGAAUGACAAGGACCUUGAACGGGAAAGGGACAGAGAAAGAGAUGGAGACCGGGAGGAUCGCUUCAGAAGACCCAGGGAUGAAGGUGGCUGGAGAAGAGGACCAGCAGAAGAAUCUUCAAGCUGGAGAGAUUCAAGUCGCCGUGAUGAUAGGGACAGGGAUGACCGUCGUCGGGAGAGAGAUGAUCGUCGUGAUCUGAGAGACCUGAGAGAAAGAAGGGACUUAAGAGAUGAUAGAGACCGGAGAGGACCUCCCCUCAGAUCAGAGCGAGAGGAAGCAAGCUCUUGGAGACGUGCAGAUGACAGGAAAGAUGACCGGACUGAAGAACGGGAUCUACCUCGUCGUGUUCCUCCCACAGCUAUUUCAAGAGAUAGAGAAAGAGAGAGAGAACGAGAAGGUGAGAAAGAGAAAGCAUCCUGGAGAGCUGAGAAAGAUAGGGAGUCCCUUCGUCGUACUAAGAAUGAAACUGAUGAAGAUGGAUGGACCACAGUACGGCGCUAAGUCCCAAGACAAGAAACUUGUGGCUUCUUAAAUAGGUUUGAUCACAUUCAAGGAUAUUCCUGUGCUUCAACCAGUCUAAAUUCUUUAAUGUUGUCUCACCAUAACACAAAAAGCAUGAACUUGUAUUAAUCAUAUAUAAUAGUUUGAUCAUGCACUGUAUUCACAGGAGGUUGGAAAACCAUGCCAUUUUCUGGAAUUUAAGGUGUUGCAUUAUUUCAUCAAUCAUUUGUUUAAAAAAAACCUAAAAAAUAAAAAUGUGAACCCUUCAGGUGUUAACACCAUA